AUGUCUUCCAAGUGCGUGGACCAUAUGCGCCCGAAGAAACCUGCACGGCGGUCAAGAUAUGGAUGCCGGAAUUGCAAGCUGAGAAAACUCAAGUGUGACGAGAGCAAACCUCGCUGCAAAAAAUGCAGCGCAUUCGGGGUACUCUGUAACUUUGGGCUGAACAUCCCUGAUCUUCACCCGAUCACUUCCGACACUGUGAGGGCCGUGGUUCGAUGCAGGCCAACGCCCCAGAGACCUGUCGCGAGUGCGAUAUGGACCUCUGAUGAGUAUACUAUCUAUCAAUUGAAUGCAAAAUGUCAAGAUUUUGUAACGAGAUAUUACGCGCGAAGUCUCUUGACGCCGGAUGAUGAGAACAUGAUCAACGUCAAUCGGAGCUUGUUUAAACUCGCCUUCACUAACCCAUGUUUGAUGCACGCUUCUCUAGCAGUGGCGCUUACAUACGAUCGCUACCUAAACACCUCAUCAAGCUCUCCCCGGAGUCUGGAAGAAUGCUACCACUGGUCACAAAGCACAGCGCUCUUUAACAAGAAGUUACGCGAACCUGUCAAGACGCAGGACAAAGACCCGAUAUGGGGUACAGCAGCUGCUCUCGCCGUCUUGACGUUCUCGUCACCUGAUGCGUACAGACCUGAAGACUCGUGGCCUCUGACGACUGGCGACGACCACCUCGAUUGGGUGUCCAUGAUCAGUGGAAAGAUGUCGCUGUGGAAUAUGGUGGACCCUCUACGAAAUGACAGUCUGUUCCGCGUCAUGGCUGUUACGAUUGCGCAGAUGCAAGCGCCAUUACCCGACGUUGGUGUAGAGGGAAUACCCGAGGCGCUGGCGAGUAUCUGUCAAUUGAACCAGACAUCUACGUCGGAGAGCCCUUACUUCUACGCUGCGCAUGCAGUUUCGCGCAUCCUUUAUCUACCGGAUAGCCAAGUUACGACAGGGCAGACACAACUCUUUACGCAUAGAAUUGAAGGGCCCUUCAAGGAACUACUACUUUCCAGGGACCCUGUCGCGUUAUUGCUGUUAUAUAUAUGGUAUCGCAAGGCAGGACGGAGUAUAUGGUGGGUCGAGCUUCGAGCGAGGGUGGAAUGCCCGGCAAUCUGUCUGUAUCUACAGCGCUUUCACGCGGAUGAAGUCGCGGUGCAUGCCUUGCUUCAGAGCGACAUCACAAUCAGAUGAGGUGUCGGUGGGCUGGUUCGGACGAUGCGCUGCUACGAGGCAAGGGACAGGUCGCGCGAUCGAAUGGACAUGGACGUGUGUCGAGACAGAAGACUUGCGUCGUGAAAGGCUGCGGCGUCCCCAGUUUGUUGUGCGAUGACGAGAGUCGGGUAAGCUCUGUCACAUGGAACACGCAAGGAAGGGAUCAUGCGUUCCUGACACUGGUGCUCGAAGGCGCGGCAUCGGCGAAUGGCAUCACACGAACGCCAAAGGUGCUAGCUGAAGGCGCAGCGCCAGCUACGGCCGCCGCGGUACUCCAAUCCUGUUCACCCCAUGUUCUGUCGAUCGGUCGCGGCGCUCAGUGUGUUGUCGUCUCGCUCAAGAUUGUCAGGCAACAGAUGGGGAUUAAUGCGGCGCCGAUUUGGCGGGCUCGGUAGGGACACGCUGGGUCAAAGGCUUGGUCGGGACGAGCAGAGCUGCUAUGCGCCGUAUCAGAUGACGGCGAAGUUCGCAAUUGCAGCGGCAGCGCGGUGUUCAUUGUGCUGGUCGCAUCGAGUAGAGCGGCUUCAUGGUAGUGGCAUGGCGCGCUUUGCGACCGCCAAGGACAAAGUGGGCGCGUCCUCAGUUUCGCGGUUGGGCUUCGUUACUGGAAUUUAAUAGCCCUUGCUUGUUGCGCAACCCGAGCCGUAAAAGAUAGCAAAAGAAAUGGCCAUAG